AUAACAAAUCACAUAUUAAAGCAAUUAUUUCGAAAUUUACAAAAUAUCAGAGAUGCAUCAUUGACAUAGGAUCGUUAACAUUUCAAAUAUUAGAUAACCGUUGAAAACUUGUUGACAAAAAACGUGCAAAAUUAAAAUUAUUAAAAUCUGGCGAAUUUGGGCAAUAAAAUAACAGACAGCCAGACAUUCAUAAUUCUAACGAAAACUCCAUCGUAAAAAUGGAACAAGAUGAAGAAUUUGAUAUAUCGAGUGAUCAAAAGCAUUUAAAUGUGAUAAUUCAUCUUGACAUCGAUUAUUUCUAUGCUCAAGUCGAGGAAAUUCUUAAUCCUGAAUUAAAAGAUAAGCCAUUAGGUGUUAAACAAGGCUUAAACAUCGUCACAUGUAACUAUAUAGCACGCGAAUAUGGAGUUGGGAAGUGGAAACCGAUGAAGGAAUGUCUAGAGAAAUGUCCAGAGCUUGUUGUUGUGAAUGGCGAAGACUUGACGAAUUAUAAAGUUUAUUCAAAGCGUGUCAGUGAAUUAUUGCACAAAAUGUUUGGAACUACAGAACGAAUUGGACUUGAUGAGCAUUAUAUAGACAUAACAAAGGAGAUUGAACGACAAUUAACGGAACUGGAUGAUGUAGCUGAACAUCAAUUUCUUGGACCAAUUUAUCCAGACGAAGAAACGUUUAAUCAAUGUAAUUGUGGAUGUAAGACAAGACUUAUGAUAGGUACAGAAAUAGCAGAUCGUGUACGAAAGCGACUUUAUGAAGAUCUUAAAUUAACAUGCUCAAUAGGAAUAUCACAUAAUAAGUUACUCGCAAAACUCGUCGGAACUAUGAAUAAGCCAAAUAAUCAAACGGCAUUAGCACCAACAGCAUCAAAAGUAUUUAUGGCUGAUCUCAAGAAUCUACGCAGUAUUACAGGCAUCGGCGAGAAGACGGCAUCAAGAAUUCAAGAGCUUGGAUUAAUAACAAUCCAAGAUCUUCAAGAAUGUGACAUCCAGCGAUUACAAAAGAAAUUCGGCAUUGAUAUGGCAACGAGACUUAAAGAGAUGUCACUAGGAAUUGACAUGACAGAAAUUAAAGCAACAGGAAAGCCUAAGACUGUCGGUCUUGAAGACUCAUUUCGUCCAAUCUCAAUACGAAGUGAUGCAGCUGAAAAAUUCCAAGCCUUAUUGUCCAGGCUAAUGAUACAAAUACAGGAUGAUGGUCGCGUACCACAAUCAAUUAAAGUAACGGUUAGAAAAUAUGAUCCAGUUAAGAAGAAUAGUAUUAGAGAGACAAAACAAUGUGCAUUGGCACCGUCCCUAUUUCGGUGUGUCGAUGGCAAAAUUCAAUUAAUGGAUGGUGCUGAACAAAAAAUUAUUAAAAAUGUCCUCAUGCUGUUUGACAGGAUGGUCGACUUGAAGCAACAAUUUAAUAUAACAUUAUUAGGGUUAUGCUUUAGUAAAUUUCAAGAACAAAAGAAAGGACCUGGCUCAAUUGCAAAUUAUUUAAUGAAAAAACAAGACGUUGAGGUUCAAUCAAUUACGAAUUUGAGUAAUGAGACGAUAAAUGGAUCACUAAGUGAUAGUUUUCGUUCAAAAACAGCAUCGCCGUCUUCAUCAUUAAUGGACUUUGAGACGCUCUCAAAUAAUUCACUAGACUUGUCUGGAUCAUCGGAAACGGAGUUGGAACCGUCACCUAAAAAACGUAAAAAGCUCAACUUAUUGCUCGUCGCUAGAAAUCGGCGAUACUCAAGUAAUGAUGACAUUGCAUCGCCUAGUAAACUUAAUGUCUCGGAUUUGCAUUUAAAUGGUACAUCGAUGGAUACGUCAACGCCUAUCCGUAUUAUUUCACCAUUGUGUAAGAAUCCUGAGCCUAUUGCGUGUUCGUCCACAAAGCAAACGGAAAUUCCACCGAAUAUUGAUCGGUCAGGUGAGAUUAAGGUUUAUUUCCGUCGUGGAUUAAAAUUAAUCUUUGAGGAUUGAAAAAAAAUAUUAAAAUUUAAAUCCUGUUGAAUUAAAAAAUUAAUCCCGAGAUUAAAGUUAAAUCCAGCGGAUUAAGUGAUAUUUUCAUGUCAUUUGCAGUAUGGCAAGAACUUCCGUUAGAAGUUCAACGUGAAUUGAUGAUGAAUUGGCAAACAACAGCAUCAAAUGCUACAAAUUCUUCAACCAUUCCGUCAAGUCAUCAUGCAAAGACACGACUAAGCAGCACAAAAACGAACAACAAUACCUUACAUAAAUAUUUCGUUCAAAAUUCUUAAUUUAUUUCAUUUUUCUUUAUCUUCCUGUCACGAGAAUAUAUAUAUACAUUGUGUAAUUUUAAGUGUACCAUAAGUUUUCCAUCCCUCCCCCCAUUUAUUCUCAUAUUAGAUUUAUAUUGUAAGUAAGUUUUUUUUAUAUACAUAGCAUGAGGAUGGAUAGAAUCAAGAUUCCAUCAGAUGUGCAGGGAAGAAAAAAAAACAGAAUAUUAAAUUUAGAAACUUUCAUCUCCAUUUAUUAAUUAAUUAAAUAAGAAAGAAGCAUAUAUAUUCAUUUAUUAUAAACAAUUGGAAAAAGAGAUAAUAUUACUAUUUUUUAUGGUGUACACGAUUAUUUAGCUAUUAUCAAUAA